CAUCUCCCACUCGCAGCAUCAGGACCGAAGGAGAAGGAGAAGGAUAAGGAGCAGGAGAAGGAGAUGAAGAUGAAGAUGGAGAUGGCUUCUCCUCCACUGAGGAACGUCUCCAAAAUGUUUUCUCUCCAGCUGAAGUGAGCCAGCAGGACACCGGAGGAGGAUUUCAUGUUCCCAGACGCCAUGGGCGAUGCGUUCAAGGACCAAUAAUCACAUCUGAAUCCAGGAGACUGGGACAGUGGAUUGUAGCAGCAGCACACCUCAUGCUUUAAGAGGCGUUGAUGCGCGGGGAGGAAGUGCAGGAUGAGUGAGGGAUACGCCAGCAGAGGCUUUUUACUCGCCAUGGUGCUCGCCAUCAGCCUCUGCGACAUGUCUGAGGGCGCCACAGCGCCGCAGCACGUUCCCACGGGCACCUGCGAGGUGGUGGCGCUGCACCGCUGCUGCAACCGGAACAAGAUCGAGGAGCGCUCGCAGACCGUCAAGUGCUCCUGUUUCCCGGGACAAGUGGCCGGCACCACCAGGGCGGCGCCUUCCUGUGUCGACGCCUCCAUCGUGGCCCAGAAGUGGUGGUGUCAGAUGCAGCCGUGCCUCCACGGAGAAGAAUGCAAAGUUCUCCCCGACCUGAAGGGCUGGAGCUGCGCCACGGGCAACAAGAUCAAGACCACCAAGAUUUCUGCAGAUCGGGAGCAACUUUGGUAACAUCAUGUUCUUCACGGGGGAGUACAGGUGAUUCCAAGAGAGGAGAGGACUUUCCUGUAAAUAUAGAGACUUCUUUUCUUCUGGACUGCAACACACCCCAGAUCCUUGGACAUAGACCACGCUCCUUCUUUUGGACAACCAGUCCGUCUUCAUGCCGGAACUUUGCCGCCACUUUCCAGAUCUCCAGGCGUGUCCUCCACGGGUGGUCCUCGACGCGCAUUAAACCAGGAAAAAAAAUGUAGCAGAGUAGCAUAUUUUUUAAAAGAAAACUGUCUGGAAGGCGACAUGUUCUCCUUUCCUCGUGGACCACGUCGGAGAAGAACACGCCUUUGGAGGCGGGACUUCAGUGACGUCAUCUUCACGACAUUGUCAAGCAGCUUCGGAAAUAUCACUUUUCUGCUUCUUUCUUUCCGCAGGAGUCCAGGUAAUGUAGCUGACUAUCUACACCGGGGGUGUCCAAAGUGCGGCACGGGGGCUCAUUUGGGCCGGCAGAUAGUUUUUCUUCUUCUCAGAAUCAAAUGAAUUCAUUAAUAAUGAAGAAUAUAAGAUUUA